UUAUUUAUGAUUGAUAACUGCGCAGAUGACUGGCGAAUCGCAAUGACAUGGCAACGAAUAUCUCAAAUAACGAUAGAGCUAACAAUUUGUGCAAUUCAUCCGAUACCUGGCGAAUAUUACUUCCUAUGGACGACUAAAUUGGCGAAUAAGGGUGGUGACAUCGGAUCACAAUGGGUGCCAUACGAUGUGACACUCUCGUUGCCAAUGUUCCUGCGACUUUACCUCAUUUGCCGGGUGAUGUUACUGCACUCAAAAUUAUUUACCGACGCCUCGUCGCGAAGCAUAGGUGCCUUGAACCGCAUCAAUUUCAACACGAGGUUCGUCCUCAAAACACUCAUGACCAUCUGCCCCGGUACCGUGUUGUUAGUCUUUAUGGUGUCGCUCUGGAUCAUCGCAUCCUGGACGUUACGACAGUGUGAAAGGUUUCACGACGAAGAACAUGCAAACCUGCUCAAUGCUAUGUGGCUCAUCGCUAUCACAUUCCUGAGCGUCGGAUUUGGUGAUAUUGUACCUAAUACAUAUUGCGGGAGGGGUAUUGCUGUAUCUACAGGAAUGAUGGGAGCAGGAUGUACUGCAUUACUCGUAGCGGUUGUUUCAAGAAAAUUAGAACUCACAAGAGCAGAAAAACAUGUACAUAAUUUUAUGAUGGAUACACAAUUAACGAAAAGAUUGAAAAAUGCAGCAGCUAACGUCUUACGGGAGACUUGGCUUAUUUACAAACACACACGAUUGGUUAAACGAGUUAAUCCAGGUCGCGUGAGAACGCAUCAACGUAAAUUUCUACUAGCUAUUUACGCACUCAGGAAAGUUAAAAUGGACCAACGUAAGCUAAUGGAUAAUGCUAAUACGAUAACGGAUAUGGCGAAGACUCAAAAUACGGUGUACGAAAUAGUAUCGGACAUGAGUACCCGACAAGACGCUUUAGAAGAACGUCUGGUGAGCGUGGAGGAAAAAUUGACGGCCCUCCAGGAACAGUUGGACGUGUUACCAGAAGCGAUAACCCGUUGUCUAGCCCAGCACGCCGAGCGAAUGGAGCAGCGUCGUAAUUUCCUCCAUCCCGACACAGCCGUGGCACUAUCAGCGACCCCUAGUGGAUGUGGCGGUUCAACCAGCGGUAACCUCGGAAACAGUCUCAACAUCGGGAUGACCGGGAACAUGAACAUGGGUGGUCAUCAUCCGUUGGCUAGCAUGUCUAAUUCACCAUUACUGCCACACUCACGCAGUGUACCAAACGCACCAAGCACAAUGUCCCUGCACCCGUGGCCAGUGAGUCCAGUGUUGCCCCCAGUGUCCAGCCGGACGCCCCAUCUGGUGCCGGAAACAGGGGGCUUCCGUCAACAAUCUUCGCAACAACAGCAACAGCAACAGCAGCAACAUAAUAACACACCAACGACGUCCCAAUCUGUAACCAGGUUGACCACUCAGGCUGGCAUGGGAGGACUCGGGACCAACCAGGGCUCAGAUACGUCCCCGCACAGCUGA